UGCCUGCAAUGCAGCCUUCUCUUGCAGACCACGGGUAGCUAGCUGAGUACCAAAGCCACCUGCAAACCCUUCGAUAACACUCUGGUCUUGUAGCCAUGGCUUCUAGUACUUCUUGCCUUAGCCUGUUGGUGCUGGUGGUGCUGGCCUCGGCGGCGUCAGCGCAGCUGUCGACGACGUUCUACGACACGUCUUGCCCCAGGGCUCUGGCCACCAUCAAGAGCUUGGUGAACGCGGCGGUGGCGAAGGAGGCUCGCAUGGGGGCGUCGCUGCUCAGGCUGCACUUCCACGACUGCUUUGUCCAAGGCUGUGAUGCGUCUAUUCUGCUGGCGGGGAACGAGCAGAACGAUCCUCCGAAUCUAACUCUGAGGGGCUUCGACGUCAUCGCCAACAUCAAGGCGCAGGUGGAGGCCAUCUGCAAGAACACCGUCUCCUGCGCCGACAUCCUCGCCGUCGCCGCCCGCGACUCCGUCGUCGCGCUGGGAGGGCCGUCAUGGAGUGUUCCACUGGGGAGAAGGGACUCGCCCAAAGCUGCAAGCACGAGCAUGGUUUUGCAGUUUCUGAUCCCCGCUACAUCUAGCCUCGCCGAGCUGAUUGAAGGGUACGACAAGUUGGGCCUCAACCCUACCGACUUGGUUGCCCUCUCAGGUGGGCACACGAUCGGUCAGGCGCAUUGCACGAGCUACCAAGACCACAUCUACAACGACACCAACAUCAACCAGGCGUUCGCGAGCUCGCUCCGGGCGAGCUGCCCCCGGACCGGCGGCGGCAGCGUCAUGGCGCCGCUGGACACGGCGACGCCCACCGCGUUCGACAACGCCUACUUCAAGAACCUGCUGUCGCAGAAGGGGCUCCUGCACUCGGACCAGGAGCUCUUCAACGGCGGCAGCACCGAUAACAUCGUCCGCAACUUCGCCUCCAACCCGUCGGCGUUCACCAGCGCAUUCGUGACGGCCAUGGUGAAGAUGGGCAACAUCAGACCGCUGACUGGAUCCCAGGGACAGAUCAGGACCACGUGCUCCGCCGCCAACUCGUAGGAACGAAAUAUUAAUUAUGCGAAAAAUACGAGCUAGGACCACAUGAACGAAUAAGGUCUCACCACAACCACCAUCAAAUUAAUAGCGCAUGCGUGCUUUGUGCCUUUGUAUAAGCUGAACGGAAUAGCAUGCCAGCUCGCUUUCCUGAUCCAUCAAGUCUUACAUGGAACAGGGAGCAUCGACGUGGCAUGUUCGCACGUGUAAGAGGGGCUGGUGAACCCGAAAGCCGGCAAUCUGGGUUCGAGCCCCGGCGCUGGCACCGGGAGGUCCCUCCGCGGCCUUCCCUCUGGCAAAAAAAAAAAUGUUCACACGUGUAAUAUAAUAUUCUCGCCUUGAUUAGUGUUUGCA